AACAGUCAACAUGGCGGCCUCCGUGAGGAAAGCAGCUCACGACAUAGAAACGCGAAAACGCACCGAUGAUGUGCUUCUGUCGGACGGCAUCGAGUUCAGCUCGCUGCUGCUCUCUCAGGCCGUGCUGGACGGACUGUCCUCCGCAGGCUUCCAGAAACCCUCCCCGAUCCAGCUGAAGGCCAUCCCGCUGGGCCGCUGCGGACUCGAUUUGAUUGUACAGGCCAAAUCUGGCACGGGGAAGACGUGCGUGUUCUGCACCAUCGCACUGGACUCUCUGGUCCUGGAGAAUCCUGCAACUCAGGUUCUUGUCCUGGCUCCUACACGUGAGAUCGCGGUGCAGAUCCACUCAGUGGUGAUGGCCAUAGGCUGUGCAAUGGAGGGCCUCGAGUGCCACGUUUUCAUCGGGGGUCGGCCCGUGAGUCAGGACAAAACCCAUCUGAAGAAGUGCCAUGUAGCUGUGGGCUCACCUGGUCGUAUCAAGCAGCUUAUCGAGCUGGGCAUGUUAUCCACCGCCAGCAUCAGGCUGUUUGUUUUGGAUGAGGCAGACAAGCUGCUGGAGGAGGGCAGCUUCCAGGAACAGAUAAACUGGAUCUUUUCCUCUCUGCCGGUGAACAAACAGAUGCUUGCUCUCUCUGCCACCUACCCAGAAUCCCUUGCUCAGCACCUUACCCGCUACAUGAGAGAGCCCACCUUUGUCAGACUCAAUCCCAGGGACAUGGGCCUCAAAGGUCUGAAGCAGUACUACAAGCUGGUGCAGUCCCAUCCUUUACCGCACAAGAUUUUCGAGGAGAAGGUGCAGCACCUGCUGGAGCUUUUCAGUAAAAUCCCAUUCAACCAGGCCCUGGUGUUCUCCAACCUACACACAAGGGCUCAGCACCUGGCAGACAUCCUGUCCUCCAAAGGCUUACCUGCUGUUUGUAUCUCAGGUGGACUGAGUCAGGACCAGAGACUGGAGGCCUUGUCAAAACUGAAGCAGUACCAGUGCAGAGUGCUCAUCUCCACAGAUCUGACUUCCAGAGGUAUCGAUGCAGAGAAAGUAAACUUGGUGAUAAACCUGGACGUGCCGCAGGACUGGGAGACGUAUAUGCACCGAAUCGGACGGGCUGGCCGCUUCGGCACUCAGGGGCUGGCUGUGACCUACUGUUGCCAUGGUGAGGAGGAGAACAAGAUGAUGGCCAUUGCACAGAAGUGUGGCUUGAGUUUAUCUGCGUUGCCAUCUACCAUAGAGCCUGGGUUGAUGGAUGAAACGUGUGACUGGGAUGUCUGCACCGAGGCUUCCGCUCCAGGCCCCUUACCCCUGCUCUCUUCAAGGACCGAGAAGAAGAAGCGUGCCAAGUCCGUUGCAGAUCAAGCUCUGGAGCAUGGCGGUCAAAGGCACUCGGAGAAGACCCAACCUGCACACGACCUGGGAGAAAAUGAUGAAUGGAAUCCUAGAGAAGUAUCUCCUGCAAAGGACACACUCCCACAGCGUCCUCCUCAGGCAGUGCCGACUCGCAAAGAGCUGCAAGACGCUCUGCCAAAGAUCCCUCCUCUCAGCUCAUUCAAGAGUUAUAAGCCGAGGUUUGUGACCUUUGAGGAGGCUGAGCGGGACUUCAACGGUUUCAUUACUACAGGGUUGGGGAGAUCCGUGGAGGUCAUCAGGGAGUUCAGAGGUGGAGAGGACGGUGACCCAAAUGCUCAGAAUGGGCAUGGAGAGUCUUUCACACUUACAGAUGACUCAGCUCAAAGUUUAAAACAAAAUCGGUGGAAAUCUGACUUUUCACAACAAAGAUCAGCGUCUGGUUCUUCAAACUUGCAAUCUGACGAAGAUGACGAGACAAAUCAGACCAGAGGGAGUAAAUACACAGCAAUUACUGAGCCUCCGACUGAAGCAAGACAAAUAAGCACUGUGUCCAAACCAAAGGGAGGUGCCACUAGAUCCAAAGCAUGUUCUUCCUCUGCAUCCAAGUUGUAUCAUCAGACAGUCUGUGCACCAAGCAAGAGGGCUUCAUCCCAACCUGAGAACUCUGAAUCCAUACCAGUCAGGCAUCCCAGUCAGGGGGCUCCAACACAGGCUGGAAGACAUGAAUCCAGAAAGAUUAAAGUAGAGACUAAGAAACAGAGCAGAAAGAUUUCAGAGAAAAUGAACAGAGAGCAAAAGAGGGAACAAAAUGAUGAUGACGAGGAGGAUGAGGAUGAGGAGGAGGAGGAGGAAUGGAGUGCUGAAACUUAUUGGAGAGCCAGCUACAGAGCCUGGUAUGACUACUAUGCCUCCAUGUCGCCUUCUCAAGAGCAAGGUUACCAAAGCUACUACAGUGUGGCCCACAACUGGAUGGCAGCUUAUCGUAUGAAUGCCGUCUACAUGGAAGAACUGCUGAAACACUGACGUGCCUGUACACGUCAUUUCUGUACAAGGACACCCGAUCAUGCUGGUCUCUAGUGAGAAAAUGUGUCUGAGUGUCCACUGUAAAAAAUGAGUACUUAUGUUUGCACUUCUUGUCUAAGACAUUGCACUUAAUUUUUUUGAGUGUAUGCUUUUCAAUGAAUCUGUUACUUUUCUAAUAGAUUACCAGUGAGGAA